AUGAUAAACGAGCUUUCAGAUCCUCCCAACAUAAAAACUUUAUCUGUCCCAACUAAGAGUGCAUUCAAAUUAUUUAGAAAUGCUUGUAAUGUGACUUUGGAUUUUAAGAAUAAAAAUUUUGAAAACAAAAUUGAGCAAAUUAAAAAUUGCAGAGGGAUAUUCCGUUCAAUUGCUAACGACACAGUUGAACAAUCUGACAAUUUGGUUAGAUUUGGUGGAGAUAUAAUGGUCCUUAUUAAAGAUUAUAGAGAUGAGGAUGUUUCUAAUGAAGAUAUAUUAGGUUUAUUGGAUAGACUUUUAAAUGAUGCUAAAACUAAUGUGACUGCAAUAGAAAAUACCAACUCUAAAAUUAAAACUCUUGAGGAUGACAUGAAAAAGAUUUAUGAUGAAUUAGUAAAAUUCGGGGAAAAGGUUGAUCCUACAAUAUACAAUAACUUAAAAGAUGCUGAAUCUAGAAAAAAAAUUUUAGAUAUAGUGACAACAGCCGCUUUUACGAUAGGUGGAAUUGGAAAAGAAGUUACCAUAUUACGGGAACCUGUACAAAUGAUUGAUAAAUCAAAAACUUUAAAAAAUAAUGUUUUCUUGAUAAUCACAAUUUUAAAUGAUCUUAAAGGAUUCUGGGAGAAACAUAUUGCUGAAUUAGAAAGGCUCAUUGAGACAUUAAAAAGUUUAAGAGAGAAGAAUAGACCUCAUUCUAACGGAUCAAUGAUUAAACGCUUGGAAAACCGGUGGAAGGAAACAAUUAAAGAAUGUGAACAUUACUCUAACGUCACAAGAGAUGAAUUAGUGAAAGAUCUUUAA